AUGUAAGAACUUUAUUAUGAAUAUGAUAAUUAUAUUUGGAGAAAAAAAGACAAAUUAGGUUAAGGUACAUUUGGGACUGUAUAUAAAUGCAAGAAUAAGAAAUCAAAUGAAAUAUUAGCUGUGAAAGUUUUUAGUAAAAAAUUAAUUUUUUAAUCUGAUUUAAAUAAGAUAAUGAAUGAGAUCGAGAUUAUGAAAUAAUUAAAUUCGUAAAAUAUUAGUAAUACAUUAUAUUUUAAAUAACAUAUACAAUAAUAAAAAGUUAAACUUAUUGAUUAUCAUCUAGGAGAAUAAGGGAAAAAAUACUUAUUUGUAAAAUAUUGUGAAGGUGGAAAUUUAAGAAAGUACAUUUAAAAAAAAGGAGGUAAACUUAAAGAAGAAGAAGUAAUUAGCAUUUUAAGAUAAUUAGUUAAUGGAUUUUAAGAAUUAAUAAAAAAAUAUAUAUUACAUAGAGAUAUUAAACCUGAAAAUAUUUUAAUUAUGAAUGGAGUUUUCAAAAUAUGUGAUUUUGGUCUUGCAUAAUAUUAAUGGAAAAUAAAAGAUGAGGGAUUAAGUAGGGACAUAAUUAUAUAUGUCCCCAAAAAUAUUAGAUAAUUAGAUUUAUACUUCUAAAAGUGA